UUUUUGUUUUAGCUACAGUGGCGAUCCAUUUUAGACCGUAUUUUAAUACGACUAAAGUAUUUGACCCAGUUCUAAACGAAACAAUCUUAUUAAGAAAACAUGCACUAUCAACAUGGUUUCCUUUCGACCAAAACAAACAUUAUUGGACAGUUGUAGCUUAUCAAACCAUGAUUGAAUAUCUGUUUACUACUGCUAUGAUGAGUGUUGACAUAAUGAAUUUUAGUCUAAUUAUGUAUCCAUUGGGAGAAGUCAGAAUAUUAACACAUAUUUUUAAAAAUUUUGAGAAAUAUGUAGCAAAAGUUAAAAUUGAGUGUGGAUGUGAUGAUGCCACUGCAAGUUUUGUUACUUUAAGAGAGUGCAUUUUAUUACAUCAGGAAUUAAUUAGGUAUGUAGAUAAUUAUAAUAUGGUAUUGAGCAAUGUAACGCUAUUCGAUUAUUUACAAAGUUCGUUGGAGCUUGCUACAAUAAUUCUGCAAAUUCAUGGGGGAAAUUCCAUACUUAUGGGUUCAAUUUUUGUUGCUACGGUUGGAUUUUGUGUAACAACUAGGCUUUUUAUAUUUUACUUUUACGGAGAUCAACUUACCUGCGAGUCAUCCGAUAUUGCACAAGCUGUGUUUGAAAGUAAUUGGUAUGACCAAACGAAAGAAGUAAAACAAAUGAUUUGCAUCGUUUUAGUGAGAUGUCACAAAGAAGUCGCAUUAUUCGUUGGACCGUUCGAUAAAAUGUCUUUGAGAGUGUUCUUAUCGGUAAUUAAAGCAACUUAUUCAUUUGUGGCUACGAUGCAUACCCUACCCUUCUAAUCAUGAAAGCCAUAUCUUCAUUUUUGGCUAUAUUGGAAGUAAUAUCUUCUUUGUUAACGAUAUAUUCUAGCACGUCAUAUUUUUAUUGCAUAAAGUUGCAAGUGAACCAUCAUUCAUCAAUACCCGGACCUUCAUUCUCCUUCACAAGCGUAAUAGAAGAACAUAAUGAAGAUACCACAAUACUGAAAAAUUGAAACCUUUGAAAUACAACCAAUCAACUGAAACAGAAAACUUCUAAGAAUACCAGAGCACAAAAAAUUCAUCAACCUUAAAAAAGAUAAAGAAUAUUGGUUCAUUUGCUUUGGUCAAUAGAAAUAUUAUAGUUUAGACAGGCUUUUAGAUUUAUUUAUUUACCACUAAUUCACAAAACAAUAUGCAUCCUAAUAUUAGAGAAUUUAAAAACGAUACUAUAAUGGCAAUUUUCAUUGGUCAUAAUAAGGAAAAAAAAAUUGUGAAAAUUUUGAAAAUAAUAUUUCUAAUGAUUCAUUUAGAAUUAUUUAUUUUAAUAUAACAACAAAUAAUCAACAUUUAUAGCGUUACCAAUAUCGUUGAUAAAAAUAUUAAAUAACAGCGGACCCAAAUUUGAACCUUGCGGUAUACUAUUUGCUAGACUUGUAUAGAUUUAAUUGAACAUAUUGUGUUCUUUGAGAGAGAUGCGAUUGAAAAAGUGUGAUCAAUCUAUUAGAAAGGCCAAAAACGGUUUUUUGUAUAAUAAUAUUAUUAUCAAGUUAUCAAAUGCUUUUGUCAUAUUCGUGAUGUUAAAAUAAAAGUUAGCUUAAAAAUUAUCACUAUGUUCAAUAAAUUUACGAUGUAAACAACGCCAUAUUUUUAAAUUACAUGUUAAAUUCUAUAAGUUUGUCAUUUUUUGGACAUUAAUUAGACUUCUGAAUGGGUAUAUCCAUUGUAGUCCAAGGUAGUUAGGAAAAAUAGCGGAAAUUUUUAGGGACAGUAGAUAUCGAGAUGCGGUUUUCUGCAUUUUGUUCAGGAAGGUCCCAGGAAAAAAGUCUAUAUCGUCUGGUUUAGCCAUUUUUUGAAAAAUGCCUUCUGGGCCGGAAAAUGCAUUUUCCAAUUGCAUCAUUACUUGCACCAUUAUAGGAACGACUGGAAACUCGGAAAAAUCGCUAGGAAAUCGUUACUCAAAGGUUUUUGGGGCUGGCGAACUCGAUUCUGGUAUUAGAAUUACCCGGGGUGGCGUUUUGGAGGUGCGCGGGGGGUGAAUUGGAGGAGAAAUGGCAGCGUGCAUGAAAAUCGCUCCAAACUUGUUACUCGGGGGUUUUCGGGGAUGCCGAAUUCAAUUCUGGCAUUAGACUUCCCAGGGGGGCCUCGGGAAAUGGUAA